AUGAAACAAGACAUAAUUCUUCUAAGUUGGAUUUUUUCUUCUCUAACUCCUACUGUUUUACGAAAAGUUAAUCGUCUUACUAGCUCACACGAAGUAUGGUCUUUUCUGGAAUUCCUAUUUGCUUCUAAAUCUGAUACACAUAUUCAUCACCUCCAAUGUGAACUUCGUGAUUUUAAGAAAGAAUCUCUUUCUAUGAGAGAUUACAUAGAUCUUGCUCGUGAUAUCAUUGACAAUCUUGCUGUUGAUGAUACUACAAUUACCAAUACUGAGCUACGUCACUGUAUUCUGGCUGGUUUGGACUCGUCUUAUGAUGCCAUAGUAACAUCUCUUACAACAUCAAUGGGAACCAUGAAGCUUGAAGAUUUUAUUACAUAUCUUCUUACUUUUGAGCUGCGUGUGGAGCAACAAAACAAAACUCUGAAUUAUCAACUUGUGGCUAAUAUUGCUUCUUCUUCAAGACCAACAAUGUCCAACCUUAGAAGUAGCACUGGACAGCAGCCUGGUGGUACUCGUAAUAAAUUUCCUUGUCAAUUGUGUGAUAAAGCUGGACAUCCUGCUCACCUCUGCUGGAAACGCUUUGGUCGCAAUUUUAGACCACAACCUCCUCGUCGUUCACCAGUCUCACCUGCUCAGCCUGCUAAUGCUCUUCGUGCCUACAAACCAAAUUCUAAGUAUGCUCUUAUAGCAGACUUUGAACCAACUUGUUAUUCACAAGCUUAA